UUGACGGGAUGCUCUUUCAUGUUAGCACUCCAAUCACCAUUAAACAUCAUCCAGCACCAAUCUUCAAAGACAACCAUUCCAGCCUCCACUUUAAAUAUAAGCCAAUUAAUCCACUUAAUUCGGGUGCUCAAGCUGUCGCAUGUGCUGAGCGGCAACAUAGCUGCUGCCAAUUGAGCGAGAGCAUUGGACCAGGCACAGUGAACAAAUUUACACCUAUCCGUCGAAUAACAUGGCACCUGUCCUUCGAGCAAGACAAAGCUUAUCAAAGGAUAAGUUCUCUGGCUACUUUGGCAACCUCAGAAGCCAGCCCUACAACGACCCCAACAACUCGCGGGGCUCGAAUCCCCAUAGCUUGCGAUGCAUCGCGUGGAAUCCUCUCGGAACUCUAGUAGCAACAGGGUCGUCAGAGAAAACCCUCAGAGUGUGGAACCCUGAAAAGCCUCAUGUGAAGUUUUCUACGGAGCUCAAGGGCCACUCAGCAUCUGUUGAGAAGGUCGCAUUCAACCCAACAAAGGAUGCAGAGCUUUGCAGUGUGAGCAGUGACGGCGUGGUCAAGUUCUGGGACGUGAGGACAAAGGCAUGCUUCAACGAGGUCAAAGGACUUGGGGACGCUUUUACUCUUGUCUGGGCACCAGAUGGGAACACGCUUCUCGUUGGGAACAAGGCAGAUACCAUCUUCGUUCUAUCGCCAUCUCAGUCGACGCCUCUCAGCACGCAUCAACAGUCCGUGCAGACCAACCAGAUCGCAUUCUGUUGGAGCGGUGAGAAGAUCUUCGUGACGACAGCAGAAGGACGUAUCCGAGUCUUGUCAUACCCUGGGUUCCAACCUGUAUUGCAGAGCAAACAUGGUGAAGAGACGGACGAGUUUGAGCUCAAUGGGCAUACUUCUUCGUGUCUGACUGCUGAUCUACAGCCUACGGGGCGGUAUCUGGCGACGGGAGGCUCAGACUCGAUUAUUGCAUUGUGGGAUACAACAUACUGGAUUUGCCAGCGAACAAUUACGAGGAUGGUCGGGCCAGUGAAGAGCCUCAGCUUUACGUUCGAUGGUAGUUUUGUUGUUGGUGGAAGUGAUGAAGGAUCCGGCCUGGAAGUAUCACAUGUCGAGACGGGAGACCAUGUCCACACGUUCAAGACAGCUGGUGCUUGUCCAGUAGUUGCUUGGGCUCCAACAAGGUAUUGUCUUGCAUAUAGUGAUUUGGGCAUUUUGCGGAUCGUGGGUGUCGAUGUCGACAGGAAAUAAUUAGUCCCCCAGUCACGUUAAGUAUUCAAUACGAGGGUUUAUACCGGCCCUUGGAAGCCCUCACUUCUGCAAAAGCAAUUGGUACUGUACAUAAUGUUUCGUCGUCAGCAUUUAAGCUAUCAUAGGCCAGCCUUACUUGCUUCUUAUGAAGAAGCUCUUGAUAGGUUUAGGUCGUGUGUAAGACGGGCUAAAUAAGGACCGGUGCGUCCGCGUAUGGCCUCGCUUUUCCGCAAAGCGGGAUGAGCCAAGGCAGAUCUGGUCAAUGGAGACGAAGGGCAUUUGAGGUCAUCGUGGUCCAAAAAUUGCACGAUGGGGGCCCGGCCUUGCUGACGUGCUGCUCAUGGGAGACAGGCAAUUGCAAUGGGAAAGAUCUUUACUCAAAACGCUAUGCAAUGGGUUCAUAUCAAGCUCAUCCAAUUUAGAUAGCUUCCAGGCGUUAUGUCUAACUUGGUAUGCUUACUAUGAUAUGCGAUACUGUGAGGUAUCAGAAACAGCAGAAUGUGCUGUACUUCGCAAGAAGGGAACAUGUAUGGCCGUGUGAGAGAAUAGACGUUGUUUAUCGUGGCCACUGGUACUAUAGUCAGGUCUCGGUUCUUCAACCGAGGGAAUAGUUGGGAGUUGAUCAAAAUUGUUAAGAUGUUUAGGGUA